GGCUGGUGGGCCGUCCGUUGCGCUCUCCCAGAGUCCCAUUUGCCCCCUUUCUCCCUGUCGAGCACCGCUUGGCCGCCGUGCGGCGAAACCCUAGCGAUUGUAGCGGCCGGAAUCAGAGGCGGCGGAAGCCAUGGCGGACGACGACUACAACGACAUGGACAUGGGGUAUGAGGAUGAGCCACCAGAACCUGAGAUUGAGGAAGGGGCUGAAGAGGAACCUGAGAAUAACGAGGAUGGCCCUGAUGAGGUUGUAGGGGCAGAGGCUGAAGAUAAGGAACAAGAAAAAACUCAGCGCCCACGCAAAACGUCAAAGUAUAUGACAAAGUAUGAGCGUGCCCGCAUCCUGGGUACACGUGCAUUACAGAUAAGCAUGAAUGCUCCAGUUAUGGUUGAGCUUGAGGGAGAAACUGAUCCUCUUGAGAUUGCCAUGAAAGAGCUGAGAGCACGCAAGAUCCCAUUCACAAUUAGGCGGUACUUACCUGACGGAAGCUAUGAGGACUGGGGCGUUGACGAGCUUAUUGUGGAGGACUCCUGGAAACGCCAGGUUGGAGGCGGCUAAGCUGUGACUGAGGCUACUCAAAACGAACAGCAAUGUGCUGCAAGUUGACUUUGCCCUUGUAGUAAUAUGGUCUGUGCAACUCCAUUAUGACUGGAUGCUGUAUCAGUGAACUGGCGUGAUGAUGGCAUGCCAUGUUGCCUUGACAUGUAUGCCUUCUUUCCGCAGUGUAACUGUGACUGAAAUUUGCAUGGUUGCAUCAGUUUGCUUGGACCAUUUGCAGACUUUGUCCUGUGAAUGUUCAAGGCUUAAUGCUUGGUUUUUUUUUUCUUGGCCUAAUUUGGUAGUCGUCUAGCAGACAUGAGCGACAUUUUUGCAGUACGUAGACAUCAGACAAACGGGCGGAUGCCUGGAAUUGUGCUGGAACUGAACUUAAAUUCCGGUUGAUUCGUGUUCUGGGUCCAUUUCCACUUUUCCAGUAUAAGUAUCAAACUCUGAACUGAAGGCUAUAUAGAUAAAUCAGAAAAUAAUUUUUUUUUC